AAAAAAACACUUGUCCGAGUUGUCCAGCGGGGUGCACAGUGCCGCGUUGUUAAAAAUUGGGUUUAUAAAAUCGAAAUAUUUUAUUUUUAGGUCUAUUUCGCAAAAAGUGUAAAACACCAUGUCUGCAGCAACUAAAGGUAUCUUCAUUGUUGGUGCUAAGCGCACAGCUUUCGGUACAUUUGGUGGAGUCUUCAAGAACACAUCGGCUACUGAACUGCAGACACAUGCAUUCAAUGCUGCGUUAAAGGAGGCUGGUGUUGCCCCCACGCAGGUUGACUCAGUUGUGGUCGGACAGGUCAUGUCGGCAUCCCAAACUGACGGCAUCUACACUCCCCGUCAUGCGGCGCUUAAAGCCGGCAUUCCUCAGGAGAAGCCCGCACUGGGCAUCAACAGGCUAUGUGGGUCUGGCUUCCAGUCCGUCGUGAACAGUGCCCAGGACAUCAUAACCGGUGCAGCCAAGAUCUCCCUCGCCGGCGGCGUAGAGAACAUGUCACAAGCCCCGUUCGCGGUCCGCAACGUCCGCUUCGGGACCAUGCUCGGCCAGUCCCACGUGUUUGAAGAUACUCUGUGGGCUGGUCUGACGGAUUCGUACUGCGGACUGCCCAUGGGCAUGACUGCUGAGAAGCUUGGAGCGCAGUUCAAGGUCACUAGAGAUGAGGUGGACAAAUUUGCUUUGGAGUCACAGCAGAGAUGGAAGAAAUCUCACGACGCGGGAGUGUUCAAGGCCGAGAUCGAACCCGUGACCCUGACGGUGAAGCGUAAGGAGGUGAAGGUCGACACCGACGAGCACCCGCGCCCACAGACCACCAUCGAGGGUCUGAAGAAGUUGCCGCCCGUCUUCAAGAAGGAGGGGCUUGUCACUGCUGGCACUGCUUCUGGUAUCAGCGACGGAGCCGGCGCCAUUGUACUCGCUAGCGAGGAGGCCGCCAAAGGCCUAAAGCCCCUCGCUCGUCUCGUGGGCUGGUCCUACGUUGGCGUAGACCCCUCAAUCAUGGGCAUCGGCCCUGUACCAGCUAUUGAGAGCCUACUCAAGGUCACAGGACUCACCCUUAACGAUAUCGACCUUGUUGAGAUCAACGAGGCGUUCUGCGCUCAGACCCUCUCCUGCGCCAAGGCCCUCAAGCUGGACCUCUCCAAGCUGAACGUGAACGGCGGGGCCACGGCCCUGGGACACCCUCUCGGAGCCUCCGGGUCCCGCAUCACUGCGCACUUAGUACAUGAACUCAAACGCCGCGGCCUCAAGCGUGGUAUCGGCUCCGCCUGCAUCGGUGGCGGACAGGGCAUCGCACUCCUGGUCGAGACUGUCUAAACCCCACUGUGUUUCCUUGAGACUGAUAUAACCUUGUAAGGCCCAACCACAGACAAGACAUCCUCCAGACUGAGCAUAGUAGCUCUACCCCCUCUACCACAAUAUACGGUAGUUUUACUCCAUUUUCGAAUCGAAAGUGUCUUUGUGUGACGUCCGUGUCUUUGAACGGACCAAUCACGCCACGGGACCUCGCUCACCUCGUCCCUCGCACCCCCGUAUUUUUGGCAGCAUCGGUUUCAUGAAAUAAUUGCUCUAAACUCCGUCUAGUCUGUGGGUCCGACAUAAAAAAAAAACUAUUUUUAAUUUGAACCUUGUUGUAUAGUAUUGUGGGAGAAUUUCGUUUGUUUUAUAAAUCAAUGACACAAAAUAAAUCCUACUUUAUUUGGUUCAUGUAAGUUUCUAAUUACAUUGCAAUGGAGUGUACAUUGUAAUAUACAUUGGGCCUCACUAGGAUAAGAUAUAAAUCAUUUUAACCCUUUUCCAGGCCGCACCAAUCUAUAAGGUUUUUCCAAAAAAUCUAAAUAUAUUCAAAUGAAUCCAGCAUUGAUGAUUAAUUUGAAGACAAGUCACAUUUUCGGAACAUCCAAUCUAAUUUGAAUCUUAAAUCGAAUUGCUAAGGUUGAAAUUCUAUUGGCGCGUAUGUGGUCGAUAAAUCGUACUAUGCCUGGAAAAGGGUUAAUGCACUUUAAAAAUACGAUAGUGCGAGAAUUACCUACUUGUAUUUGGUUACAUACUGGAAUUGAUAUAAGUAUAAUAUACUUUUAAGAAUGAAGUAGGUAAUAGUUAUGUUAUGUAUACAUGUUUAAUACUGCCUGUAAAUGCAAAUGUAUAUAAAUUGCCGAAAUCACAAAAGUUGUAUUUUCAUAAAGUAAAUUAUGCUAUAUUUUUAAUACUCU